CAUAACAAUUUAAACCGGUUUAACCAUUUACCUCAUUGCCUCUCAAACUUUUUUAACUCACCUACUACUCCGAUGUUAAAACUCAUCAUCACCUCACGCACCCCCACGCGCGUAUGCUCAAGAACAAGUCCUCCUUCCUUUUCCUUCUCAUCUCUCGUCGUAUACCGAAUCCUUCUCCCCUUCUUCUCGGCUUCCGAUUUCCCUCCUUCCCCCCGAUUGCUUGCUUUCUCCAGCUACUGCAAUCACAGAGGUACGAGUUCCCUUCUACUCUCUCUCUCUCUCUCUCUAUCCUUCCUCGAUUGCUUUGAUUUCUCGCGGCAGACUCAAUUUCCAGUUCGUUCGUUUUCUUCAUUUGUUUUUUUUUUUUUUUGCUGAUAUGGAGCUGGUGCUUGCUCCGAUUGGGUCUCUCGUCUCCUUCAUUCUAAUUGACUGAGAUUGCUUUACUCGGUUUGGUUAUGGCGGAAUCUUCGAUCACCUUCCUUCGAUUUUGCUUCUGAUUUCGCUGGGAAUUGGGGGACGGCGGUUGAUUGUCAAUUGGGUAUAUACUUUUCAAACGGCUUACCUGGGUACACCCCUCUUUAAAAAAGGAAAAAGAAAAGUAAAACGGCAUAUUCCUCUUUGUAGUCACAGUUUUAUGCUUUGUUUUUUCCCCAGUACAGUUCCGUCUUAAAGCUAGGAACUUGAUAAGCAAUUUGUCCUCAAUUUCUGUACGGUAAGUGGGUGGCCAGGAAAUGAAUGAUCUUGCAAAGAGAUGGCAAACUUCUGGCCUCUGGGUCUGGAUUGCGCUUGGGAUAGAUUGAUUGCUGUUGACAUCUUCACUUGACUUGUUUUCGUAGCCUGUGGUUAUGACCAAUGGAUAUUUAUCUGUUGUAACUACAAGUGAUCUUUUUUAUUUGGUGCUUGCAGUUCUCCGCUGAUGGGUGUCUGCUCCAAGUUCAGGGAUAUACUUGGCUUCGUCCUGAUCUAAAGGGACAGAUUAGUUGCACCCUUUUGGUGGAUUCUCAUAGUUUUGAGUAGCAGGGUGACAUCUGAAGUGAGAAGUGGAAGACGAGGGACUAUACUGGCCAUACCCUUUGUAGAUUGUCACUAUGGCAAUUCAACACUAUUUUCGCAAAGGGUUCACUGCUAAAAGUUUUCACAUGGAAGAGAUUGAGUUAGAUACUGACUGGGAAGAAGUAGUCUGUCCAAUUUGCUUGGAUUUCCCGCACAACUCUGUGCUCCUUCAAUGUUCGUCGUACCACAAGGGUUGCAGGCCCUUUGUAUGUGACACUGACCACUUGCAUUCGAAUUGUUUGGACCGUUUCAAGAGUGCAUGCGGCAUGUCACCUCCUUCGGCUGACUCUGACAAGCCAUCAUCGGAAGCAGACGAAGAUGUCAAACUGGCUUGUCCCUUGUGUAGAGGGGAAGUUACUGGCUGGAUUGUCGUUCAGGAAGCUCGGUUGCUUUUGGAUGAGAAGAAGCGGUGUUGUGAAGAACACCGAUGUGGAUUUACAGGUGCGUACUUGGAACUUCAGCAGCAUGCCAAACUAGAGCAUCCUCAUGCUCGUCCUUCUAAAAUUGACCCUGCACGCCAGCUUGACUGGGAGAAUUUCCAGCAGUCGUCUGAGAUAAUAGAUGUUCUGAGUACAAUACAUUCAGAAGUGCCACGUGGAGUGGUUUUGGGAGACUAUGUGAUCGAGUACGGGAAUGAUGACAAUACUGGAGAUGAGUUUGAUGACUUUCAUGUGGAUGAAGGUAACUGGUGGACUUCCUGCAUCUUCUAUAAGGUGUUUGAUAAUUUUAGAAACUCGAGGAAUAGAAGAAGGGCGAGACUAGCUGAUACCAGAAGGGGGAGCCGACGAUCGAGUUAUGACACUUCGAACUCGGAUGAGGGCUCUGUUGCAUCCGUUGACUUUGCAGAGUAUAGAUUAGAUGAGAUGGAUGAUGAAUUUCCAAGUGCAAGCAGGGGCCAUUCUAUUCAUCGCAGUUCUCGCAGGCGCCGUUCUCGGUUCUAUGAUAACUAGGCACGAAUAAUGGCAGGCUUGUAGGUACGGCACUUAUACUGGGUCCAUACAUCUUGUUUGGCACCUCAGUUCACCUCUCACUCUGAUGCCUGACUCGGUGCACUGACAAAACUGAAACAAGUCAAAGAAGGAUGACAAUGUUAAGUGCGGCUGGUUCUGUUAGUGUUCAGAUAGCAUUUUUGGAAAAAGAAUGCUGCUUACAGUGCUGCAUCUUUGUUGCUUUAGUUAGCUGGGUUGCUGUUUAAAGAAAUGGUCCAGAUAUGGCGUUAGGACGAUUCAGGUAGUUGUAAUGUGGAUAUGAUGGUGGCUAGAUUUGUUUCCCGUUUCUUGCUGUUGUGGUUUGUCAGUGGAACUUUUGGUUUUGGAAGGAUGAAUGGGGUUUUGCUUCAUGUGAUUAGAUUUUUUUCUUCUUCUUUUGUUUCUUUUCCCCUUCAUUUCCACUCAUAGUCUGUUUUCCUGCUAUCAGUUUGAGUAUAUGCUUGAAAGUCACACACUGACUUGUAUAAAAUUGUAGUUUCUCCUGUAUUCAAUGUUUCCACUCUGCCCAGUAGGCUUAUAAGCUUGCAUUUUUGCAAUCUGAACUCAAGUUCUUCAGGCCAAAAAGGGUCGUAAUAGUAACGAGGAUCUCAAUGCUUGGUUGUCAUAGAAACAUCGUUCGCCUCAAUAACAUGGCCAUAGCAUGGCCAUGUAACGGAAAUAGCAGCUAGGGAAAUUAACUGUCGAUUAAACAAAAUCUAGCACACCGGCUCUUUACCAAGGGCAAAUCCAAUUCAUGUUAAAAGAACAUUGGUACCGAAACAUUACUGAUGUUUAGGGUUUUAGUAGGACACAAUAAAACCAGUACAUAUAG